AUGCUCCACGCUUCCAAGCCGCUAGCAGCGAGAUCCAUCCAGCCAAGAAGUCACCAGGCCUUUGGUGUUGUUACAUCACCGACCGCGAACUCGAGCUACGACGGACGCUACGCCUUUGUCCCCGGCUGGGAGGAUGUGCUCGUGUGGGACGUGAAGCGCGGCGAGCAGGUCGCAAUGUGGCAUGCUGUCGGCGUUACCUCUCCCGUUAGCUAUCUGGCGCCUGCCCCGCCGCCGUCCGAGAGCUCUGCCUCUUGGCCCGCGACCUUUGCCGUCGCUUACAACGACGGUGCGAUCCGGCUCUGGUCCUGGGCUCCCGGCGCCGAGGCCAGCGAGAUCGUCACCUUCAACGGACACAAGAAGGGAAUCAACACGCUUUCAUGGGAUGCGGACGGAUCUCGCCUCGCCUCCGGAGGUGUCGAGGGAGAGGUCGUCGUGUGGGACCGUGUCGCCGAGGUCGGUCUGUUCCGUCUCAAGGGACACCGCGGGGCGAUCACGAGCAUCACCUUCCUUCCCCACCCGACGCAGAGCGCCACGACUCACCCGGGAUACCUUCUCACGACAAGCAAGGACACGUACCUCAAGCUCUGGGACCUGAGCACGCAGCACUGCGUGCAGACCGUUGUCGUUGGACGCGGAGAGGUCACCUCCGCCGCGGUGCAGGAGGAAGGCGCCGAGGACGGCCGCUACAUUGUGAUCACCGGAAGUGGUGACGGAGAGGUCAAGGCGUGGAGCAUUGGCAAGGAGGGUCUCGCCGAGGGACUGAAGGAGAACGAGGAUGGAGAGCUCGUCCUGCCCGUGUGCUCUCUCCCACUUCCGACAUCUACACACGCCGUCUCGCAGAUCGUAUUCCACCCUUCGCUUCCGCUCAUCUUUGCGCAGACGACCGACAAGACGACGGCGGUCCUCCGCCUUCGGUCCGAGGAGGAAGUCGCCGCGAAGCGUGCGCGCCGUGCGAAGCGAAACCGCGAGAAGGGCAAGAAGAAGGGCGUCACGGAGGAGGAGGUCGAGGUGAACGAUCUCGCCCCCGUCGCGUGGGAGGACCGGGUGACGACGUGGUGCGUCAUUCGGGCGAACGCAAAGGUGCGCUCGUUUGCGCUCUCGCCGUACGACGGGGGCAAGACGUUUGGCGUGCUCCUGCAGCAGAGCAACAACUCGCUGGAGGCGUACGCCGUCCCCGUGCCGCAGGGCAAGAGCAAGCUCGCGGACGGCUCGGCCCCCGAGCCGACAAAGGUGCACUCUGUCGAACUCCCGGGUCAUCGCCAGGACGUGCGUGCGCUCGCGGUCAGCAGCGACGACCAGGUCCUCGCGUCCGCGGCGAACGGAACGCUCAAGGUGUGGAACGUACGCACGACGGCGUGCCUGCGUACGAUGGAGUGCGGCUAUGCGCUGUGCUGCACCUUCCUGCCCGGCGACCGGCACGUGGUGGUCGGCACCAAGGCGGGCGAGCUGCUUCUCUUCGACGUCGCCGCCUCGACGCUGCUGAGCCGGUACGAGGCGCACAAGGGUCCCGUGUGGUCGGUGGCUGUGCGCCCCGACGGGCGCGGCCUCGUCUCCGGGUCUGCAGACAAGGACGUCAAGUUCUGGGACUUUGAGAUGCGCGAGGACGGCGAGGGCGAGCGUGUCGUGAGCCGCCUCGGCGUCGAGACGGUGUACAAGACGAAACAGCUCGCGCUCGUGCACACGCGCACGCUCAAGAUGACGGACGAUGUGCUGUGCGUGAAGUAUUCGCCGGACGGGCGGUUCCUGGCCGUGUCUCUGCUCGACUCAACGGUCAAGAUCUUCUUCCAGGACUCGCUCAAGUUCUUCCUCUCGCUGUACGGUCACAAACUCCCCGUGCUCUCGAUGGACAUUAGCAGCGACAGCAAGCUGAUCGUGACGUGUUCUGCGGACAAGAAUGUCAAGAUCUGGGGCCUGGACUUUGGCGACUGCCACCGCUCGCUGUUCGCGCACGACGACAGUGUCAUGGGUGUCGCGUUCGAGAAGAACAGCCACUACUUCUGGACAGUCGGCAAGGACCGCAUGCUCAAGUACUGGGACGGGGACAAGUUUGAGCUCAUCCAGAAGCUGGCGGGGCACCAGGGCGAGGUGUGGGCGCUGGCCGUGAGCCAGCAGGGCGAGUGGGUCGCGACGGGCAGCCACGACAAGAGCAUCCGCAUCUGGGAGAAGACGGACGAGCCCCUCUUCCUGGAGGAGGAGCGGGAGCGGGAGCUCGAGGACGCGCACGACGCCGCGCUCGCGGACCAGAUGAACCGGACCGAUCUCGACGGCGACGCAGACGGCGAGGACGGCGUCGAGGCCGAGGGCGUCCAGAAGCAGACGGCCGAGACGCUCAUGGCCGGCGAGCGCAUCAUGGAGGCGCUCGAGCUCGCCGACGCAGAGCGUGCGGCGUGGAAGGAGUACGAGACCGAGGUCGCGCACCACCGCGAGUCGGGCAAUGAGGCCGCCGCCGCCGGCGUCCCCCAGCCCCAGGGCAGCGCCGAGCUCAAGGCCCGCGGCGUCACGCCCGAGGAGCACGUGUACCAGACCCUGUCCAAGAUCCCGGCCGCGCAGAUGGAGGACGCCCUCCUCGUCCUGCCGUUCCGCAACGUCGUGUCGCUGCUCGGCUACCUCGACGCGUGGGCGCGUGCCGACCGCGACAUCAUUCUGACCGCCCGUCUCCUGCUCUUCCUGGUCAAGACGCACCACGCGCAAAUCGUCGCGAACCGCGUCAUGCGUACCCAGCUCGUCGACCUGCGGCGCUCGGUGCGAAGCGCCCUCGAGGGACACAGGAAGCGCAUGGGCUACAACCUCGCCGCGCUCCGCUUCCUUCGCAACAGGUGGGAGAGCGAGCAGACCGCAGGCCUGCUCGAAGAGGAGAACAUGGACGAGGAGGCCGUGCGCAAGCGCAUUGAGGAGGGACGCGCCAAGAGGAAACGCGUCAAUGUCGCUUAG